AUGGCUGCAAAUAUUGAAGAAUCAUUGUACAAUCAUCUGCAGACAUUUCAAUUUUCAAUUCAGCUGGAUGAGUCUACUUUACCAACCAAUGAAGCAUUGUUAUUGUCAUAUGUGAGGUUUAUCGAAGAUGAAAAAUUAUGUCAAGAAUUAUUGUUUGCUACCAAUUUGGAAACAGAUACAAAAGAAGAAACCAUACUCAAUACGCUGGAAAAGUUUUGUGAUGUAAAAAAAAUUCCUUUUAAUAAUAUUUUGCCAGUUGCUACGGAUAGCGCACUGGCUAUGACAGGGCGUCACGAAGGCUUCAUAAGCGUGCUUAAAAAUAAAGUUCUUGGCGUGCUUGCUGUGCAUUGUGUAAUUCAUCGCUAG